CACCACACGCAGCUGUGGAAAUGAGACAAAACUGAGCUGCCACUUUAGGAAGCUCUCAUUCACUCACUUGCUCAGCCAGAAACCUCUGAAGGCAAAAGUAAAAACUUCUGGUGACUCUUCAUUGUGCUGGAUGGCAGCUGUUUUCUGCAGCAGAGGGGAGAUCAGCAGGUGGAGGAAAUGAAGGUUUGAUUUUUUUUCACUGUGUGGAUUUUUAAAGAAGAAUUUAAGUGUUUUUGCUUUGACCAUUUUUUGUUUUUCUCUCAAACUUUAUCUUUUGCUGAGGCAGUUUUUAAAGAAGACCAGACUAUGAAUGUGCUGUCAAACCCAGGGAUCAGGGGGCAGGAGCAGUCUCUCCCUCUCUGUGGCCCCCGGUCGGUCCAGGACUUACCCCACUGCCCCCCAGGGUUCAGCUCCCGCCUGAAUCCUGCCCCAAUGCUCGGCCUCCAGAGCGGACAAAGACCGCCCAAGCCUCAGAGGGAGCUGAGCCAGGAGGAGCAGCAGGACCUCAGAAGGAAGAUCAACAGCAGGGAGAGGAAACGCAUGCAGGACUUGAACAUCGCCAUGGAUUCUCUGAGGGAGGUCAUGGUGCCGUAUGCCUCCUCUCCAUCCUCUGCCUCCCCCCCUCACUCCCACCAGGCCGGGGCCCCUCCAGGCCGCAGGCUCUCCAAGAUCUCCACCCUGGUUCUGGCCAGGAACUACAUCCUCCUCCUGGGGUCGUCUCUGCAGGAGAUGCGGCGGCUGCUGGGGGAGGUGAGUGUGGGGAUGGGGGUGAACACAGGACCGGUCCCCCGGCUGCUGCUCGCUGGAGGGUGGCCCCUCAUCUCUGGCCCCAGUCAGCUCCUCCUCACCCAGGAGUCCCUCCUCACGUCAGCAGCCUCGUCCUCUUCCUCCUCGUUGGCAUCUGCUGCUAAAUGUCCCCUAAUGUCCCCAGGCCACAUGGAGGCCUCGCUGGCCCCUGUGCACUGGAGCUCUGCGGGGGCCUCCGGAGGGCCCCUGUGCCCCUGUGGAGUCUGCAGACUACCCAGAUUUAACCACUCCAAUCCGGUCCCAAGAUUUCCAAAGUGACACUUCGGGGUUGAAGUUACUAAAUGGACUUGAUGACUGUUACCAGUGUGCCACGCUUUUUUAUAUGAAUUGUUAUUUCUAACAUUUAGAAGAUGUCUGUAAUAAUUGACUGCAAUAACUCACUUUUUAAACCUGAUGGAUCCAUUCUGUAUUUGGAAGCCAGUGUCUUUUUAUGUAUAAGUUGAUAAGUAAAUGUAAUAAUGCCCGUUUUGUUUGAAUUAUAUAUAUUUAAAUACUUUUUAGGGAAGCUACUUCUAUGCUUAUUAUUGGAAAUGUGAGCUGUCAUGACUGAGUGUUUGUUGCGUUUGAUUAAAGUGAUUUGCCUUUUUUGUUGGAAAACGGUCACAAAAAUAGGGCCCUAUAACUAGAGGGGUCCCAAAUCAAUACAUUUUAUGAAAUAAAAAGUAUGACGUAUAACAGCAGUGAAAACACAUUGUUGAUUUCAGAUGAGAGAUAUUUGUGUUUCUGUCUGUGCUUAUCUCUCUGGUUUGAAGUAGGCUUGCUU